UCAAGUAGAAGGCAUUCUACCGAGUACCGAGUUACUGGAGCCUUCUUUUUAUAGGCUUAUGAGUUGCAUCUAAGGUGUGAAUUGCCUAAAGUGUGAGCCUUAUCCCCUGCUGAAAAGUUUCCCUUAUAGAGAAAGAUAUUAGUACUUAUAUUUGACGGCCCCGGAUAGUACUUAUAUUUGACGGUCAAAUUCGAGUUAAAAUGAAAAUUGAAAAAACAGGAAAGGAAAAACAAACAGUUAUACAAGGCCCAACUGGAUCGCCAUGCAUGGUCCAAUUUGAAAAUGCGGAGCCCAACUGGAAAUCCUACCCCUAAACUCUUGGAUCAGAAGAUAUUAUAGUGUGUUUGGAAUCCAAGACUUUGAACCCGUUUCGGGGCACCUGUUUGAGUCAUUAGGAUUUGUAUCUGGUUGGAACCAAAACCAAAUUCAUUGUCUUUUUAAGAAACUGAUCAGCGGGUAGAGUGCUUGGUUUUGGCUGGAAACUUGUUUCUGUUAUUUCUUAUUUGAAGGAGGUGGAAGACAUGGAUAGAAGGUUAAACAAGUAAGUGGUUGAGUCUUGACCGAUUUGUUUAAGUUGGGUUUAUCUUGAAUCAAAUCCUAGAGCUGGCCUCUGUAGGAAGACCAUGUCUUUGAAUGUUGACCUCAUUUAUGAAAUCUUGAAGCGGGUGGAUGGCAUGACACUUGCAAAUGUAGGAUGUGCAUCCUCUGUUUUUAAGUCUGUGACAACGGAAGAACACAUUUGGGAGGAACUGUGCUGGUCACAGUGGCCUUCUACAAGAAAUGAAGAAGUAAUAAGUUUGAUUUCUUCGUUGGGUGGUUUUAGGAAGUUUUAUGCAGAUUGCUACCCUAUGAUUUUUACCAAAGAGAUGGUUUCAGCUGCCGAAUGGAGUUCAGUAUUUCCUGAAGAGGAAGAGGGGUGGCAGGAAUGCUACGACAGUGAUGAUGGAGAUCUGAAUGCUGCUUCAGCUUCUGACUUUGUUUCAAUUGUAGAUGUGCAUUACAGAAACAGAGCAAUCUAUUCCAAAAUACUGUGGGGCAUCCCAGGUGCAGAUGACCUUCAUGGUUGGUUCUUUAACUGCCCUUUCAGUAUCAAUGUGGUUUCUGACAGAGCUGGGGGUGACGGGGACCUGGUUAAUAUCUCUUCAGCGGAUGGUUUGCCACCAAUUUUCUCAAUUGAGAGUGAGAGGAAGGAUGGGAAACUCUGGGGAGAGUUGUCUAAGAAUAUAAGGCUUAGUUGGAUUCUUGUAAACAAAAGGAAAAAGCAAGCUGUCAACCUUGCAAGUUGGAGCCCUCUUGGAGGGCAAAAGCAUUGGCCUACUGAUAAUGAUUUCCUUAUAAGAUUUGGUUCCAUACUUCCCGCUGAGAAUAUUUUGCCUUUUAGGGUUGUUCAGUGUAUCCUUGUGAUGAAGUUUAGAAUUUCACUUGAUGGACUUGAGGGACGCUCUUAUACUUUGAAGCUGACUGAGCUUGGCAUGCAGUUGGAAGAUAUAGAGGGUGCCCAUGUGAAUGGACGGAAUAGUUUGCUCAUCCUUAAAAGAGCUAUGAGCUGCUGCAGAACUAUGAACUAUGCUAAUGUCUCAGAAUCUUAUCAUCGAUAUUUGAAGGUGCGGAAUGAACUGCAAGAUGAGAAGACAUGGAAUGAAGGCUUGAUUGAUACACUUUGUGCUCUAGGUGGCAUUUCUGCAUUUGCCAUUUGCUGUUUCCUUGUCAUCUGAGAUGGAAAUCUCUAAAUGCUAUAUUUUUGUUUGACUGUCGUAAACGUGUACAGGGUCAGUGGAUUCUUUGUCCAGUGACAGUUCAUCAAUUUAUUUCCACGCAUUGAUGUUUCAAUUUAUACUACUAUCUUGUAUUACCUUGGCUUCAUCAACUGAUGUUGCUAUACAGGCAUGGAUUCUUCUCUUUUUUUUCAAAUACACAGUCCUUUAUAGUCAAA